AUGGAUGACAUCCAUGAUUUUGAUACAAUACAUGUGGAGCUGGAUGCGUACUUUAAAAAGAAACAAGCUUCCCAAUGCAAAGACGAAUUUCUCAAUAUUCUAUGUGAAGAAGACGAUUACGAGGCAGUAGAUGAUGCUCAAACUGAAAAUGAUGCUCAAACUGGAAACGAUGCUCAAACUUGGAUCACUAAAGAAGAACCAGAUGAAGAUUAUCUGGAAGGUAGUAACGAGGAAGGUAGUGAUGAGGAAUUUGAGUAUUCCACCCACAAUCCAAAGGUGAAAUGGAACAAAAUGAGACCAAUGCUUGGUGAAAGAAGUUGGUAUGCAGUUCCAAGUCGAGUGAAUGAAUAUGAAGUAAGGAAUGGGUUUCAAAACUAUGAAGUUAACUUGAAGGAAAAAAGUUGUGCUUGUAGAUUAUGGGAACUUUCAGGAAUACCAUCUGUGCAUGCACAAGUGGCAAUAUUGUACACCAAUCAUGAUCCAGUUAACUUUAUAAGUAGUUGGUUCAGCAAGAAUAAUUACAAGGCAACUUAUGAUCAGAAUAUACACCCAAUUAAUGGAAGUAUCUUAUGGGAAGAAACAAGUUACACUAAGCCCUUUCCACCCAUUGAAAGGAGGAUGCCAGGAAGGCCUAGUGUUAAAAGAAGAAGACAUGUUUCAGAAAAUCAAGACAAGAUGGUGGAAUUGCUAGCCAAAUAACAGUUGAAGAACUCCCUACAACUCAAGCACUAGGAGAUGAGGAAAGGAUGAAUGAGGAGGAUGGCAUAGAUGAGCCAGGGAUGGGUGAGGCAAUGAUGAAUGAGGAAAGGAUGGAUGGUGAGAGAGAAAUACCUAUCACACAACAAUUGAAUCAAGUCAGAAGGAGGCCUACAAAGAGGAGCAAAGUGAAUCAAGUCAGAAGGAGGAAGCCUUCGGAAAGGAUAACAGAGAUCAAGUUGCAAAAGGUGGUAGAUGUCAAGAAUAGAAAGGGGAUGAGUUCAUCCAACCCCCUUAGUCUAGAUUAGGGUGUUUCUAAUCCCUACUUUUGUUAAGAACAUGUAUACAACUUUUGGGUUUGGGAAAAUGUUGAUAGCCCUUUUUGUUGAUAAGCCUCUACUGUUGAUAGCCCCUUUUGUUUACAUCCAUAUAAACUAUAGGCUUUGGGUCCCUUGAUCCUGUUUUUGGGCAUUUACACAACUUGCCAUAAAACUUGUUUGGCUUUGGUGGAUAUUACUACAUGUUCU